CUUAACUUUUUUCUAUCGUCUUUUUGCUUCCCUGCGUCACAUUUUCUCGAGAUUUUUGCUUUUGCUUUCUGGGUUUUAUUUAUUUGUUUGAACUAUGGCUUCAAGGUUGUUACUAGCUCUGGUUUUUGUGAUUGAUCUGAUUGCUUUCGCACUUGCUGUUGCUUCUGAGCAAAGGAGAAGUACUGCGACUGUUGGUAAAGAUGGAAAAGAAAGUUAUUGUGUUUAUGAUGAGGAUAUUGCAACUGGUUUGGGUGUGGGUUCAUUCCUAUUCCUUCUGCUUAGUCAAAUGAUAAUAAUGGUGGCUAGUCGAUGCUUAUGUUGUGGGAAGGCCAUGAGACCAAGUGGAUCUAGGGCAUGGGCGGUUGUCCUAUUUAUCACUUGUUGGGUGUUCUUUUUCAUUGCAGAAGCUUGCUUGCUGGCGGGGUCAGUGCGGAAUGCUUAUCACACCAAGUACAAGAACCUCUUAAACGAUCCCCCUUCAUGCGCGACACUGAGAAAGGGCGUCUUUGGCGCUGGGGCUGCAUUUGUUUUCCUAACAGCCAUUGUCUCUGAGCUUUACUAUGUGAGUUAUUCCAAGGCUGAUGAUGCAACAAUAAACAACGGCAAAGACACUGGAGUGAGGAUGGGAAACCUAUAGAUGGAUGUGCUCGGAGACCGUCGUAAGGAAUCUAAAUUUUGUAUCCGUUGUUAAUUGACCUUAACGUUUUUGUAGUAGACAAGUUGGGUGACAAUAUGUGUGAUUGAUGUGUGUUUCCCAC